ACAGCGCGCAGGACAACUUUCCCCCUCAGCGUUACGCAUGGCUCUGCUUUUGCGCAACAGCGCGACACUGCCCGACGUCUUCGAGGAAACUGCCGGGGUUUUAGGAUAGAAGAAGAGGCGAGCAAGCAAAGUAGGCGAAAGACGCUCCCGGGACUUUAGAAGACAAUUCACUUCACGCAAAUGAUGGUCUCCAAAUGCACGCCGGGAUAUCCUGCCGUUACCGUGUAAACAUCCCGCUGUAGGCGAAGCUCCGACGCAUCACGCUGAAAUCCUGGUUCCUGACAGGGAUGGAUCUGUGGGGAGUUUACCUGUUUCAUCUCAUAACUUUGGCUCUGCUGGAGGUCAUACUGGCCGGCAGAGACUGCCUGGUGGCCGGGGACUCGUGCUCCAGCGACGAGAACUGCAGUCCGCGUCUGAGGACUUUGCGUCAGUGCGUGGCCGGCAACGGCAGCAUGAAGCUGGGCCCCGGGGCCAGGAGCCAGUGCGCUAAUGCAGUGUCCGCCCUGCUGUCCAGCCCUCUGCACGGCUGCCAGUGUAAACGAGGGAUGAAGAAAGAGAAGAACUGCCUGAGCAUCUACUGGAGCCUUCACCAGUCCAUCAUACAUGGGCUCAACUUGGUGGAGAGUUAUCCCUAUGAGACGGUGCAGAGGGAUUACGACUACGUCCGCUUGGCCUCCAUCACUGCUGACUCUGACGUUGGCAUGACAACUGUGAACCGCUGCCUGGAUGCAGCCAAAGCGUGCAACGUGGACGACCUGUGCCAGAAGCUCCGCACAGAAUACGUCUCGGCUUGCAUCAAACUCACUGCCAAGUCCGGCCUGUGCAACCGGCCGAAGUGCAACAGGGCCCUGCGCAGGUUCUUUGACCGCGUUCCCGCCGACUACACGCACGAGCUGCUUUUCUGUCCCUGCACGGACACGGCGUGCGCGGAGCGUCGGCGGCAGACCAUCGUGCCCAGCUGCUCCUACGAAGGCUCGGAGAAGCCAAACUGCAUCAUGCAGAUGAGGAUCUGCAACGCCGACUACGUCUGCAGGUCUCGUCUGGCGCAGUUUCAGUACGACUGUGAACCCUCCAAAACAUCUGCCAGCGGCUGCAAGCAAGGCAACUACGGCGCCUGCCUCCUCGCCUACACAGGGCUGAUAGGAAGUACGAUAACUCCCAACUACGUGGACAACUCCACAUCCAGCGUGGCCCCGUGGUGCUCGUGUUCAGCCAGCGGGAGCCAGAGAGACGAGUGUGACAGUUUCCUGGGAUUUUUCACAGACAACAUCUGUCUCAGGAACGCACUCAUGACGUUCGGGAGUGAGUCAGACCAGCAGCCGACUCUCAGCCAGUACAGCACGCCCAGCCAUGGCGGCAGAGAAAACAGGAGCGCCACUUCUCCACCAGAAACCAUAGAAACUAUGAGGAGCAUUCUGGAUUCCAUAAUACCAACGCAGGCUCUGGGGAACGAACUGCUGGUGGGUCACUCCACUCUGCCAUCCAACAGCAUCCCAAACUCUGCCUCAGCUCACAGUCUAAUGCCCCAAGCUGCCUUCAGCCUUCUGCUGCUGCUCCUCCAGCUCCUCAACAACGGACACUAAGAACUGCCGGGAAAUGUACUGAGGACCCUCCGAAAACCCAGCAGAUGGGAGGACCUGAGCAGUUCAUAGGGAAAAAAAAAAAGGACCAUAUGGCCAUAAUUCCUCCUGCUAAAUAUGUACAGCGAUUCACUUUUUCUAUUUUUGUGUCUAAAUAGUCCGAUUCCACCUGCCAGUGGCUCACGGCGUGGGAGCCCCGCGCGGGCGGACGCCUCGCCGUACUCCAACUGUACAUUAAUGUUGCAAUCAAGUCGAGCUGAAAUGAAGUUAUUUGUGGAUUAACCCAGCUUCUGGCUGUCCAGCUGUAUCUGUAUUCAAAGUUACGAUGA